GAAAAGAAGAUUGUGACCUUCAGCGUGUGUUCUCGGUAAAGAACGGUUGCAUUACAUUUUACAAGUCUAUACAAAUAAAAAUGGCUCCUCCAACAUAUGCCGAUCUUGGAAAGUCUGCAAAGGACAUCUUCAGCAAAGGAUACAAUUAUGGAGAAUGGAAAUUGGAGGCAAAAACUAAAACAGAUAGUGGAGUAGAAUUCACAACUACUGGCAGCCACAGUGACAAGGGAAUAAUCAGCGGAAGUCUAGAAACUAAAUACAAAUACUCUGAUUUAGGUCUCACAUUCAAGGAGAAAUGGAAUACCAGCAAUGUACUGUUCACAGAAAUUGCCAUUGAGGACCAGCUCGUGAAAGGACUGAAACUUGAAUUCAACACAUCUUUUGCUCCUCAAACUGGAACAAAGAGUGGAAAAAUCAAAACCAGUUACAAAAUGGAUUAUUUAAAUCUUGGUUGUGAUGUGGACUUUGUUUUUGCUGGACCAACAAUCAACGCAGCAGCUGUAUUGGGAUAUAAGGGCUGGCUAGGAGGUUACCAAAUGUCUUUUGAUACGUCCAAAUCUAAGCUGACAAAAAAUAACUUUGCUGUAGGUUAUGAAGCUAGUGAUUUCACCAUUCACACUAAUGUGAAUGAUGGAGCUGAAUACUGUGGCUCUAUCUACCACAAGAUCAGGAAGGAUCUGGAAGGAGGUGUCAAACUCUCCUGGUCCUCAGCCAAGAGUACCUCCCUAGAGCUGGGCACUAAGUACAAGAUUGAUGGAGACUCAUCUGUGUCUGCUAAAGUUGACAGCAACAGCAGAGUUGGUCUAGGAUAUACAACAAAACUUAGAGAUGGAGUGAAGCUUACAUUGUCUGCCCUUGUUGAUGGUAAGAAUUUCAAUGCCGGAGGACACCAAUUGGGACUUGGACUAGAUUUUGAGGCUUGAGUUGUGACUUGAGUGACUUUGUUGACUUGUAAAAUGUAACCCAGACAUUCAACAGUGAGAGUGGACUUCAUCAGAUCUAGGAGAACUAUUUCUAUUCAUUCAUCAUGUUCAAAGUGCUGUCUUCAGAAAUAUUUUAAUGGUUUAGCUUCUUUGUGUCAUUGUAUGGAAAUACUAAAAACAAAAAAAAAAGUAAAAUUGAUCUGAUGUCUUGAAA